AUGAUUUAAUAAAAUCAAAAGGAUUUGAAAAUCAAUUUUUCAUGCAAGGAGCAUGAUCAAAAAUAAGUUAUUAUGUGGUGUAGUUAACCAGAUUGUAAAGAGGAGAGGUUAUGUUGCUCUCUUUGCAAUCAAGAAAGUAAGCACAUCACUCAUCUUUAAAAUGUCUUAGAAAUUGAAUUGUUAGGCCCUUUUUUUACUGAUUAAAAGAAGAUGGCAUUCGAAUUGAAAUUAUUAACCGAAAAUUCAUCAAAAGAAUUUUGUAAUUUGAUUAAUGAGAUGAUCAAUGGAAUUGAAUAGAAAUUUUAUUGGUCUGAUCCAGAUAAUAUAGCAAGUCAAGAAUUAAUUUGUGAUGCCAUUCAAUUUUCUUUUCAAUUUUAACAUUUAUAUUAGAAUAUCAAAGAACAUUGUGUUAAAAAAUCAAAAGAGAUCCAAGAAUAUUUAGGAUAAUUUGAUGAAGAGAAUGAACUAAAUAUAUGGAAUGACGCAAAUUAUUGUAAAUUAGGAGAUAAUUUAUUAAAACUAAAUCGCUUAGAUGAAGCAAAAAUAUUCUACGAAAAAAGUCUAUAUAUAAAAAAAACGAAUUUUAAUGCCAAAUUUGGAUUAGGUAAUACCAUAUAUAUCUUUAGCUUAAUGUUUACAAAAAUAACACAAUUACAAAGAAGCAUUAGAGUUGUAUAAGGAAGCGCAAAACAAUGAUAAAAAUAAUAAUUUUAUCAAGUUAUAAAUUGGUAAUCAUUAUAUAUAAAAUAGCCGAAUGCUUAAGAAAAUUGUGGUAAAAUGAAGAAGCUCUAGCUGCCUAUUCUUAAGCUUUCGAAAUUGAAGCAACCACAUAUGGUUUCUUUAUUUAAAGUAAUGAAAUUAAAUAUUCUUAGUUGUUACCCUAAUAAUUUUGGAAAGAAAUGGUGAAGCAUAUUAGUUAUAUAAGAAAGCAAAAUAAUUAGAGGUGAAGGAUUCAUGGAUGAAUUUAUGCAAAAUAUUAAUAAGUAAUUAAUACAAAGCUAUAUUAGACUAAAUGGAUGAUAAAAAAGAUAAAGCAAAAAAAUUAAUUAAUGAAACAGAAAAUGAUUCAGAUGAAUAAGUAGAUUUUUGGAUAUCAUUUGGUAAACAGAUUUAAAAUUGUUUAGUUAAAAUGUUAUAUAGUAUUGAAAAUAAAGAGGAAACCCUUAAAUAUGCCAAUCAAAUUUUGAAAAAUGAACCCAACAACUUGAUUGCUUUAGAAAAGAAAUGUAUAUGUUUGAUAAAAUUUUAGUUGGUAUUUUAAGAGAUUAGAAUUAAUAUGAGGAAGUAAUCCUUCUGUUUGAUUAAAUGUAAAAGAUAAUUAAGAAACAUAAAUUGAUUAGGGAAUCGAAAAAAAAAUUAUAUUCCUAAUUAUAAAACUUAGAUUAUUAGGAGUAAAUGGAUAUAUAUGAACUAAUAUUAUAAUUUAAUCCAAAAAAUAUUACAGCACUAAUACUAAAAUGUAAGGCACACUUUAAUUUUAAAUUAGGUUAAUGUCUAAUAAACAAAAAUAAACUCAAGUUAGCAUUAUAUACUCUUGAAAAAAUUCUUAAAUUAAAUUAAAAUUAAGAGAUUUUAGAAUUGAAGCUUGAAUUAUUGUAGUAAUUUUCUUCAGAAUUUGAUAAAAAUUAGAUACAUGAUUUUUAUACUAAAUGGUUAAAAAAUGAUCCAUCAAAUAUAAUUGUUUUGGAGUUAUUAUGUAAAAAAAUAAAAUAUUUUAGAUGUUCAUUUAAUUAAAUAAAAAGAUUAUAGAGAAGCCGACAAAAUUAUGUAGUAGAUAUCAUAAUUUGAGCCAAAUUACUUUUAAUAGUAAUUUAAUGCAUGUAAAUUUGUUAGAAAUUCUAGGUAAAUAUUUAAUCUAGCUGGGUAAAAGUAAGGAUGCAAUAACAUUAUUAAAUUAAAUGAUAGAAACUCAUGCACCUACUGAGAAAAUAUUGGAUAAAGAGAAAAAAUUAUUUUAUAAAAUAAUAUAUUAGGAAUUAUAUGGCAGUAGAAGAAAAAUAGCAAAGUUACUUUAGUUGGAUCCCAAUAAUUUUAUAGCUUAAAUUGUAGAAUGUAUUUGCAUUUUAAACUUAGGUGUUUUAAUAUUAAAGGAAAAUGAAGAUAAAUUUGAAUAAAGAGUAUGGUUAUUUAAAUAUAUUGACGAUAACUUUGAUCAAAACCAUCAAGAUAAAUUAAAAUUGAUAGUAAUUAUUUUUCUUAUUUAAGUUAAAUUUUAUUGAUAAUGAAUAAGAGAAAUCUAUAAGAGAAAGAGUUUUUAUUAUGAAAGCUAUUAAGGGACUAUUCUUGAUAACCAAAAAUAAAGAAUAAAAUUAAUUGAUAAAAUUUAUUAAAAAAAGUUUUUUAAAGAUGAUUUAGUCAAAAUUAGGUAAUGUUGAAUAAUUGUCAUUUUAUACGUAUAUUCUAACAGUUUAACCUGAUAAUGUAAUUGCUUUAGAAUUCAAGAGUAAAAUAUUUUAUUUAUAUAGCUCGAUAUUUAAUAGAAAAGAAUUAAUAAUUUCAGCAAAGCUAAUAAGAUAAUAAAAAAGAAAUAUUAGAAAAUUUAGAAAUUAUAUUGAAUAAAAAUCCAUUAAUUUAUUCUCUAGUUAGUAUAAAAUGUAAUGAAUAAAAUAAAAUAUAGGUGAAUACUUACUUAAGGAGAAUAAUUUUAGAGAGGCUAUUGAAACAGUAAACUCAAUUUUAACAAAUAAAAAUUAUUAAUAAAGAUUUAAAAAUUAAAAUUUAAAAAACCCUUUGAGUGAUUUAAUUAAUAAGAUUAAUGUUUAUUUUAGGAAAUUUGAUCAGAAAUCUAAAUUUACAGAACUUAAUAAAAUUCUAUAAGCUAAUUAAGAUAAUUUAAUAGCCUUAGAAUUAAUGUGUAUUACAUUAUUAGAAGAAAAACAAGAAGUUGAGCCUAAUGUUUCUGAUUCUCUUUAAACAAUAAUCAAAUUUUUGAAUCGACUUAAUCCACUGAAACAUUAUCUUAGUGAGGAUAUUAGGGAUAUUAAGUACCUUAUUGAAGAAAAAUUUGAAAAUAAUGAUGAUAAAAUUAGCAUUUUUACAAGAUUAGAACUCAACGAUUCCGAAAAGAUAUAAGCCUAUUUGAUUUUAUGUAAGAAAUUCUAAUUUAUUUUAGGUGAAUUAUUAAAGCAAGACGAUUAAUGGUAAGAAAUAUAAAAAAUUAUAAAUCAAAUGCUAAUAAUUGACCCAAAAAAUUUUUCAGUCUAAAAUUUAUAAAGUAAUAAAAUUCAAUUAUUAAUAGCUAAAUAUUUAUUUAAAUAAGGGAAAUUUCUUGAAUCAUAUAUAGCCCUUGAUUAAACGAUAAAUGAUUUUCAAAACUAAGAUAGUAUUAAUUAAAUCGAAAAUCUUUGCUGUUUAAUGGAUUAUAUUAGAGAUGGUAGAGAAAAAGAUGAACAAUUACAGUAACAUGUGAAAGUAAUUUAAAACAGGGAUCCCUAAAGUAUUGUAGCGAUUUUACUAUCAAACCAGGAUAACGAUACAAAAGAAGAAAUUUUUUAAAAUAUACUAAAAAAUAAUCCUAAUAAACAAUUCUAUUAAUGGUUAAAUAGUAAUUAAUAUAUUUAAUUGAUAGUUAGGGAUUUGAUGGCAUAAGAGAAGUAUAAAGAAUUAAUGUAGUUAAAAAUGCUAUCUAAUGUAUUUCUGGUUAAAUUAAUUGAAAAUUUAAACAAUAUUAUGUAGAACAUAAAAGAUGAUAUUGAUAACAAAAAUAUAAUUCAAUAUUUUGAUGAAUUAAAUCUCAAUGGGCCAUCAAAUAGAUUAUUUGAAAUAGUAAAAAGUAAUUAACCUUAUUAAUGAAAUAGGCUUCUUGAUAUUUAAACAAGGUAAUUAUCAAGAAUCAAUUGAGCAACUAUAAAAACUAUUAGCUUUUGAUGAACUAAAUUGGAUCAAGAAUUACGACUUUUCAUUUAGGAAUAUUUUUAGAUGGUUUUCUAAUAGAUUUUUCGAAUUAGAAACUAAAGGUUAAAUAGAGGCAAUGAUUAACUAAAUCCUUGAGAAUGAUUCAGAAAAUUUAGUAUUAUGGUUUCUUAAUAGUAAUUAUUUUAUUAAUCUUAGUCUGUAUAAAAUUAGAUCAUUAAUUUUAUUGAUAGG